AUGCUGCCGGAAGACUCUGCGAGCGUGAAGCACUACUGGGAGGGCGCCUUCCAGCCGCGCGUGCAGUUCUACAAGGCAUUGGUCGAGAAUACGCGCGGUACAACCACAACGCAAGAUACCUUGGCUGUCAUUGAGAACGAGCUGCAAGCCUUACAGGCACAAUCGGCGCAGUUCUAUAGAUGCAUCAACGCCCUUCGGCCUGUCUCGCGGUUAUCCCCGGAACUUCUCUCCAUUAUCUUCCACUAUCUCUCCAUUUUGGAGCCUGCCGUCCCAGCUGAGCCGAACGUACUGGAGGACCGCGCUAGUCGCCGCAGCCUUACACCGACGAAGAGAUGGGUCAAAGUGACGCAUGUGUGCUCUAAGUUCCGACAAUGCGCACUAGGAGACCGCUCUCUAUGGCACACAACCACCACGGCAUUUGGACCCGAAUGGAUGAACCUCCUCACCGAGCGCUGUCAGGUCCCGCCUCGAUGCGUCCACGUCGGACCUCGGGCACCCAUGCUGGCGCAAUUGAGAGCCCUGCUCCAAAGCGCGCAUACCGUGCAGAUCACGUCGUUACACUCCUCCGAUUCUUUGUCAAGGUCCAAAAUCACACUUCUGGAUGUUCGGUCGCUCAGUGUCUACCUCCCGAAUCGGACGCGUAAACACGUGUGGCAAACCUACGAGCCAGUACAUCACAUGCCGCAUCUCACCGAUCUGCAAGUCCACAAUGUAACAGGCUUUGAAGUGGCGUCUCAAUACGUUUCUGCCAGUCUGACCUCCCUCUAUAUCGGAUCCGACGUGGAGCCUGUACCACUUGACGCGCCUGAUAUCUUAGACGCUCUGGCCAGACUUUCACGCUUGGAAAGCCUCACGCUCGCCAAUUGCGACCUUUUCGCCGACGAAGAUAUUCGUGCCAGGUCGAUUGCCGUCCCCUCUCUCAAAUUCUUGUUCGUGCGAUGCGAGACACUCGUGGACGUCAUACUGCUGUUCGACACUCUUGAGUUCUCUCCAGGAGUGACCGUGCAUCUUGCAGGGGAAGCUCCCAUAAUCAACGGCCACUUGAACCAUUGGACCUACUUGGAACACGCUUUAUCGAAACCCGCUUGGGCAGACCUGCACACCAUAGAGCUCCUAGGACUGCCCGAAGAUAGACCGGAGAUGGUCCGCAUCCCGCAACACGAAGACGAGGGCUCUCUCGUCUUCUCGGCCUGGCGCGAAGAUGAGCCCGCAUACGUGUGCAUUACUGGACAGCCCACGGCAGACCGCUAUGCCCAGCUCCGACUUGGGUCAACGCAAGAACUACGCCCCAAGCCGAACUUCAAUCUACAGCUCACGAAUUACAUCAGCGAACGUAAACUGGAUAAAGCACUUGGAAAUCUGGUGUCAUCCUUCAGGACUGCCACAUAUAUGCGGACCUUGAGCGUGCGUCGGGCGGGGCCGCUUGUACAGACGAAGAUGCCUUGGCUGGAGAUCCUUACCCAGUACCCGCACGUCUCUGCCAUACGCGUCGAUCGCGAAGAAGAUCUCAACCAUCUUCUGGAGACGUUGUACUUCGUUCAAGAGCCUUUGCUGGCGCGCGAGCUCAGGACCAUAUCCAUCGCUCCAGCUGCGUUGUCAUCGAAGUCUUACUAUUGGAACCGAGAACUCAAUUGGACGCACCCGACCAGCAAGAACAAGAAGAAGCGCGGCGAACGCGGGGUGCUUCUCGCGAGCUUUUUGCUACAGCGCUCUGCCGCGGGCGCACCUCUCUCCAGCAUAUACUUCGAUCCGGAGCACCUGCAAUCACGAGAGAUGUGGAGCGCCUUAGACAAAGGAGGGAGGGGUCACCCAAACUUUGUACACGAGGCGAAGCAGGUUUUUAAACCGAUGAAGUUGUGGAACUGGGAAGAUUGGGGGAGUGGGUUCUGA